GAUGGUAUCAUAGUUGUUGAGUUCAGUCUUGCCCCUUUUCUUGACAAAUAGUAUCGUUUUCAUUUCUUCUGAAUCUGUCUUUGAUGGACAACGCAGCUGCUGAACUUCAAAGUGAGGCAGCAGAUCCUGCUCUUCUUCUCCGCCAUCAGACUUGUGCUGGAAAUGGGAUUGGUGACAGUACCUCCUUGAUUCCAGAAUCCUCCAGAAGACCAAGCCUCUCCUCUCUGCAAAUACCAGCAAGGUCAGUGGAAAAUGCAUUAUCAUCUUUUAACAAGACAGAUGGUCCUACAUUGAUAUCAAGUCCAGGUUCCAGUAGAGGGCUACCCCCAAGGCCAAAUUCAGCCAGUGCCAUCAAGUCCACCAUGAGAACUUUACUCUCUGAGAGGAGCUUUAGGGCUAAGAAUUCUUCACAGGAUAGUGAAAGGACUGUUCUGAUUGUUCCUGAUGCCUCACCAUCUGAUGGUCCUGUGGAUAAUAAGCCUUCGACUUCGCGGUCCCUUUCUCUUAACAAGUUUUUGUUCGCUUCUUCAACCAAAGCAGGACAUUCGUUGCCGGUUACCCCAACUGCAAAUUCAGGUGUAGAGAAUGUACAUGGAAGACAUCUAGGGUGUGAUUCUGAUUUAAGUAAAGUGAAAGUAAAUCAGCACAUGACUCGAUCUGUUUCGGUUCCAGUUAAUAUCAAAACUGCUAAUUUAAGGCAUACAGAUUCUAGAAGGCUGGUUCGUGUAAUUUCUGUAAGAUCACUUCCAGGCACUAGUGGUGGCAUUUCAGCUGACAAUGCUUUGGGAUCAGAGAUUGUCAAUGAAGAUGCUUCUGAGGAUAUUCCGGAGGAAGAUGCAGUUUGUAGGAUUUGUUUGGUGGAGCUUGUGGAAGGAGGGAAUACUCUUAGGAUGGAAUGCAGUUGUAAAGGUGAGCUUGCACUUGCUCACCAAGACUGUGCAGUAAAGUGGUUUAGUAUCAAAGGAAACAAGACCUGUGAUGUCUGCAAGCAGGAAGUCCAAAACCUUCCAGUAACACUCUUGAAAAUUUCUAAUCCCCAAACUGUUACUCGGCAGCCAUUGAAUGCACCAGAACCACAACAGAGAGAAGUAACUUCUUACAGGAUAUGGCAGGAUGUAUCGGUACUUGUCUUGGUCAGCAUGCUUGCAUACUUUUGUUUUCUUGAGGAGCUACUGCCAGGGAUUAAAUGACCGAUGCUUACUCAGGGACUGGAAUGGGGGUUUACUCUAAUUUGUAAGAUACUCUAAAGUAUUUUAAGGUAUAACAUCGACACCAGUGCAGAAACAAGAACUCUACCUAAAAACAGUAACAGAACAACAAAGGAGAUGUUGAGGGGAAAUCUCACAAGCAGCAAGGUCAGAAACAGCAACAAGCAUGCCUCCAAGCAAACAAAAGAGAAAUGGAUCAAAUAGAGGUUUUUAACAUACAAAAUAGAACCAGGUAAGGACUGAUUGAACCCUAAAACAGACCUAGGGGAUGCCAGCAAACAGAGACAAACAAAUUCCGGCAGGGUAGCGCAUGGCCUUCACAUGCUGGCAAGGCAUCGAAUGCAUGCAUGAGAGCACGUGAACAGUCCCUUAGCUGUGAGAUUCUGGGUUUUGGACAAACUUUGGAUGGAAAACUUUUUGGUAAGGUAGCCGGUCAGAAAGGUGACCUUGGUCAAUAGUGGACAACAGUGUGCAGUGGCAAAUGGUGUUAGGCUGGGUUCUGGAUAACAGAUCUGAGCACAAUGAAGGUGUUGGAGAUAGGCAGGGUCUAUGAGGCUGAUUGCCACAUUAUAAACAAAGAUGGAGGAGUCUACUGGGACACCUAACAAUUAAAUAGGAAAAACUAAUUUUAAACAAUUUUUUUUGAAAAUAAACAGAGCUCCAUUUUUUAGGGAACACUAGGUAGCAUAAUAAUGGUGGGACAAAUCACAUAGGAUGAUAUUACUCUGAUACCAUGUUGGAAUUUUGAAAUUUUGGGUAUAGAGGUAAAGAACAGAGUGAAAAGAGUUUUUGAAAAAUAUUUACUUGUGUGCUGUGAUGUAUUGGAAUAAGAUGUAAUGUGAUGAUCAAACGAAAAGGAUUUACCUUUAGUUAUUUAUACUAAUAAUCCCAACUAACUAGGGAACAAAUCAUAAAAUAUUAGAAUACAUGAUGGAAUAAGAACAUAGGGGGAAACCAAUUGUCAAGCAUUGACCUUUAUUUUUUUUAAUGCUCUAAAAUAUAAUGUUGUAUACUCCUCCCCCAUUCCCCUCUUUAUUUUCUUGUUUUCUCCAAAUGUGUUUUGUCCAAACUGGAAAUAUGUCUGACUCGGUGAU